AAAAAAAUACAGAAUAAGACGCCUAAAACUGAAGAAGCCGAGGUUUUGUCGUACAACAGAAAACUGAACUAUAUCACCGUCACUGUCUUGUCUCUUCCUCCUUCCGCCGCCACUUCAAGCGGCGGCAGAACACCACCGCCCGGCGCAACACACUUGGUCGGAGCCGGCGACGCUGCCCUCUUCCCCUUUCUGCCCGGCGAAGAACCCCCUCAGCAGAACCAGAAACGCUCUUAUUGUUACUAUUACUCCACCGUGCAACACCCAGAACCACCGUCAACCACCACCACGUCCUUCUUCAUCCGCCGCUGUUGAAUGUCAAUUGAAUGAUGCGGUUUCCUCUAUUCCAAUUAUUCCCCAAAACCCCUCAUCACUCCUUAAGGUUCGCAUCCACUGCACUUGCUCAACUCAAUUUCUCAGACACUCCGAAUUCCUCAUCUUGUGACCCUGACCUUCACGCGCAAACCCUCGACCGUUUGCAAAACGACCCUUAUCGUGCAAUUUCCUUCUUCCAUGAUCUCAAGCAGCAGGGGUUCCCUCACAGCAUUUCAACCUAUGCUGCCAUAAUCAGGAUCUUCUGCUACUGGGGCAUGGAUAGGAGGUUAGAUUCUCUCUUCCUUGAACUAAUUGCCCUUUCGAAACGAGACCCAUUGUUCGAAAUCCAUGACUUGUUUGAGGAGCUUCUGGAGGGGGAGGAGGAUGAGGGUCUUGAUGGGAAGCCCUUCUUGCGCAGAGCAUUUGAUGGGUUUGUUAAAUCUUGUGUUAGUCUUAGCAUGUUUGAUGAGGCUAUUGAUUUCUUGUUUCUUAAUAGGAGGCGCGGAAUUCUGCCUAAUAUCUUGACUUGUAACUUUCUCCUCAACCGGUUGGUUGGACAUGGUAAAGUGGAGAUGGUCCUGGCAAUUUAUGAGCAGCUCAAGAGGCUUGGUUUGAGCCCUAAUCAUUACACCUAUGCCAUUGUCAUGAAGGCGCUGUAUAGGAAAGGUGAUGUGGUUCAUGUGUUUCAAGAAAUGGAGGAAGCUGGGGUGACUCCUGAUUCCUAUUGUAAUGCAGUUUUAAUUGAGGGCCUCUGCAAAAAUCAUAGGUCUGAUUGGGGAUAUCAGUUUCUCCAAGAAUUUAGAAAGGUGAAUGCUCCCAUAGAGGUUUAUGCUUACACCGCUGUUAUUCACGGGUUUUGUAAUGAAAUGAAAUUAGAUGAAGCUGAGAGUGUUGUUUUGGACAUGGAAAGGCAGGGGUUGGUUCCUGAUGUGAAUAUUUAUUCUGCAUUGAUCUGUGGUUAUUGUAAGAGUCAUAAUCUGCCCAGAGCUUUAGACUUAUAUGCUGACAUGAUUUCAAAGGGUAUAAAAACAAAUUGUGUACUUGUUAGCAACAUCCUUCACGGCCUUGUUGAGAUGGGCAUGGAUUCGGAUGUGGUAGAUAAGUUUAAAGAAUUCAAGGAAUCAGGCAUGUUUCUUGAUGGGGUAGCUUAUAAUAUUGUGUUUGAUGCUUUAUGUAAAUUAGGUAAAGUGGAUGACGCAAUAGAAAUGCGGGAAGAGUUGAGAGUUAAGAACAUUGAUUUAGAUAUUAAACACUACACAACCCUUAUUAAAGGGUAUUGCCUUCAGGGUAACCUCAUUGAUGCCUUUUAUAUGUUUAAUGAAAUGAAAAAUAAAGGUUUUAAACCUGAUAUUGUCACAUAUAAUGUCCUGGCUGCUGGGGUGUGUAGAAAUGACGAGGCUCGUGUGGCAAUUAACAAUUUCGAUGAAAUGGAGAGUGAUGGUGUGGAGCCAAACUCAACUACACACAAGAUGAUCAUUGAAGGUUUAUGUUCAGUAGGCAAGGUUGGUGAAGCUGAGGCUCAUUUUAACCGUCUACAAGAUAAGAGUGUUGAAAUCUAUUCUGCCAUGGUGAAUGGCUAUUGUGAAGCAAGCAACAACAACAACAACUACGGCGACGACAAAAGCCCGACCCCAAUAAGUGAGGUCGGCUAUUGUAAAGUAGACCUUGUCGAAAAAGCAUAUGAACUUUUCCUUGAGCUGUCAAACAAAGGAGAUAUUGCAAAAGAAGAAUCUUGUUUCAAGCUACUUACAAAACUCUGUUUGGUAGGGGACAUUGGCAAAGCUAUGAAGUUGCUGGAGACCAUGCGGUCAUUGAAUGUGGAACCUAGCCAAAUAAUGUAUUCUAUAGUAUUAGAUGCUUUGUGCCAUGUUGGGAAGACAAAACAUGCUCGCUCUUUGUUUGAUUCUUUUGUGGGGAGAGGAUUUACUCCUGAUGUUGUAACUUACACAACUAUGAUAAAUAGUUAUUGCAGGAUGAAUUCCUUGAAAGAGGCCCUUGACCUCUUCCAGGAUAUGAAGAGGAGAGGGAUCAAACCUGAUGUCAUUACCUACACAGUUUUACUUUAUGGGAGCUUUAAAAAUGCAGCGGCAUUGGAUGUUAUCAACACCAUCUGGAGAGAUAUGAAGCAAACAGAAAUAAGUCUAGAUGUUGUUUGUUACAGUGUUUUGAUUAAUGGUCUCAUGAAGACAGAUAACUAUGAAGAUGCAAUUAGACUAUUUGAAGACAUGAUUGACAAAGGACUGGAACCAGAUAAGGUCACAUACACUGAUAUGAUUUCUCUCUACUAUAAAAAAGGGCUCAUGAAGGAAGCUUCUGAAUUGCUUGAUGAAAUGUCUUCAAAGGGAAUGACACCAAGUUCGCAUAUCAUCUCAGCUGUGAAUCGCAGUAUUCUAAAAGCUAGAAAGGUGCAAUUUCAUGAGUAGUUUGUCAGUUCAGACUGUCAGUGCUUGGAUCUAUCUCAAGUUCUAAAAUCUAUCUGGUCAAUACUCAAUACCUAAAGACUGAUGCAAAGAGACUGUGCAAACAACUUAUCCAACUGAAACAUAAAGUUAACACUCCUUCCAGACAUAGCCACAAUGUAUAUUUGGGAUUUUUGGACCUAAUGUUGAUACAUUAGAUCAUUAUGAAAAAACAUGGGGAGGCAUUGCUAUGUGCUGGUAACAUUCUUCAUUGGCAGGAAAGGUAACUAUCAUGUCUAGGCAUUAAUAACCUUCAAGACUUGGGUGAUAAUUAAUUGUACACCCUAUCUAACAACGCAAAGUAUUCAACCAUUUUUAUUAACUACAUUAAUUUAAACCAAUCAUCAGUAAAUAAUUUUUUUACCCAAAUUGUGUUGACUCAAAUUGAUUAUGUUCAGUAUUACAUAUCUGUUUAAUACUGGCAUGAUGUGGUCGCGGCACAAUAUUUGUAGAACUUCAUUUUCAUGUAGCAGGUCUGUAUUAACUUUCUUUUCUUUGAGGCAUCUGCUGAACCUUAUGAAGAUUUGAAGAUCUUCGUUGGGAACUUGCAAUGGGAUGUUGUGACUUGUGAGUGACCAAUUGACCAAUCUUUUUUAGGAGGCUGGGUCGGUGAAAUUUGCUGAGGUAAUAUGAAUGAGAUUUGAAGGGUUUAACUCUUAGUUUUAACCAUUUGAAUUGGAGGCUGUGGUUAGUUUAUUCAAGACAUGUUGAUGGUGACGGUGACCUUUCCAUUCAGUUAACAGUAAUUUUGGCUUUUACUGAUUGAAACAACUGGAAGAACGGAUGGGGAUGAUUUCCCCAACUUGCAAUUUCAAUUUUCUUUUGCCUCUGAGUGACUUUGACGGUUCAAAGUGAAAGAGCAGGAGAGAAAUUUAUAUGCGUGAAGCCAGAAUUUUUGGAUUUGUAUGUGAAAAGAACACCUCAACAGGCUGUUCAUUGUUGUGAACGAGUUUAGCAAGUGGGGGAGGAUCGCGCCAAGCGUGGCUGCUGCUUCUACUCCGACCGGCCGCGAUUCAAUGCAGCUAGAUCGCAGAUGUGGGUUAGGUGGGUGCUGGCGGGUUGAUAAGGAACGGCGCGAGACGUUGGCUGUCGGGGAUUGCUUAUUCUUAUGGGGCUGGAAAUGCUUUCUAGGCGGAGCUUUUGGUCGUGCGCGUGGGUUUGAAACAUGCUUGCGAGUUGCAUUUUCAAGAUAUAAUUUGUAAUUCAGAUUACAGUGAGGCUGUUGAGCUUUUGGGGGCAAAAUGGAGAGGUCCGUGAUUACUGAUAGGGAGAGCUUAUUUCUUCUAUUCGUGAGAUGUUGGCUUGGAAUUGGAGAGUUCAUAUUAUUCAUAUUGAUCGGGAGAGGAGUCGAGUUGCUGAUGCAUUUGCUAAGCAAGUGGCUCGGAUGCGUUGUCCCCUUCAUGUUUUGAAGGCUCCUCAUUCGAACGUUAUUUCAUUUUUGUGUCACGAUACUCUAGUUUAGUCAUUUCGUUUUGUGAUUAUUUUCUUUCCUCUUGUUACCGAAAAAAGAAAAACACAUUGUAAAUAAAUUAUGGAUUUAAUUUACACACGUACAUCAAAUUAUAUCUUA